AUGAUCGCCUCUCGCGCGACGUCCACCGUCGUCGACGCGACGACGCGCUCGAACGCACAGCGCGUGCGAUCGGGUUCGCUUGCGUGCGCGCGAUCGCGCACGAGAGCGCGCUCGAGGGCUAGCGCUUCGAGACUGGCGACGCGCUGGGGGGACGAGUGCGACGUCGUGGCGCUCGGAAACCUGUGCGUGGACGUCCUGCUCCCGCCCGGUCCGAUCCCGGAGGUGGGAUCGUUGAAGACGAGUAAAACACUGAAUGAGUUGGCGAAGACGGCGCCGGCGCGAGAGUCGUGGGAACUCGGGGGGAAUUGUAACUUUUUAAUCGCGGCGGCGAGACUCGGGCUGCGAGCGACGUGCGCGGGGCACGUCGGAAACGAUCAGUACGGACAAUUCUUGAUCGAUGAGCUCACGAUGGAAGGGGUGGAUGUCGUCGAGUUGGUUCCGGACGAUGACACCGGGGUCAAGGUGAGCGCGCUGGCGGAGACUCUGAUUUGUUUUGUGCUGAGCGACGGUGACGGCGGUCACGCGUUUUGUAGUCGGUACGAUUUGGGACCUUGGCCGCUCAUGCGCGACGUCGGCGACGUUAGUAACGAUGCGCGCGAGGCUUUGCGGUCGUGCAAGGCAGUGUUCGUGAACGGAUUCGUCUUCGACGAGCUCAAACCACAGGCGGUGGCGCAGGCGCUCAAGUUGGCCAAGUCAAAUGGUGCGGGUGUCUUCUUCGAUCCGGGACCGCGCUCGUUUACGUUCGUCGACGACACGAAUCCCGCACGCAUGGAGGCACUGGAGGUCGCGCUUACAAGUGCAAACGUCGUGCUCGCGACGGAAGAAGAGCUCGCGGCGCUCACGGGUCUCGAUGUGGGUUCGUCUCCCGAGGCGUACGCUUCCGCCGUCUUCGAUUACCCAAAUUCCGCCGCGGAGUGGGUCGUCGUGAAAUUGGGUCCACGAGGCGCGAUGGUGAUAACGCGCGAUGGGAAGAGUUCGCGAGUCGGGUGUCCGAAAGUGAAGGUGGGCGAUACCGUUGGAUGUGGCGACAGUAGCGCCGGGGCGUACGUCCUCGGAUAUUUGCGCAUGCAGUCCGAUGACUCGCUCGAUUUGAGUGAGGCUUUAGCGACGACGGCGACGCUCGCGACGCACGUCGGGAGCGCAACUGCGAUGAACGUAGGUGCUGGGCGAAACGUAGCCAAGGCGGAGACCGUAAUCGAGCUCUUGGACAUGGCGGCGAAUGGGAAGACGGAUGGCGUCGACGCGAACGUUGCUCAGCGCGCUCGCUCCAUGUUACGCACGUCGAUCGCGUCCGCUCGCGAGCGCGACGACGCUGAUGCAUCACCAACACAAGUCUAG